CCGCCGAGCCCCCCGGGCCGGGCUUGCAGCUGCUCAUGGAGAAAGUGCCGGGUGAGAUGGAGAUCGAGCGCAGGGAACGGAGCGAGGAGCUGUCCGAGGCGGAGAGGAAGGCGGUGCAGGCGACGUGGGCCCGGCUCUAUGCCAACUGCGAGGACGUGGGGGUGGCCAUCCUGGUGAGGUUCUUUGUGAACUUCCCAUCGGCCAAGCAAUACUUCAGUCAGUUCAAGCAUAUGGAAGAGCCUCUGGAAAUGGAGCGGAGCCCCCAGCUGCGGAAGCAUGCCUGCCGGGUCAUGGGAGCCCUCAACACGGUCGUGGAGAACCUGCAUGACCCUGACAAGGUGUCCUCUGUGCUGGCCCUCGUGGGCAAAGCUCACGCUCUCAAGCACAAGGUGGAGCCUGUCUACUUUAAGAUCCUCUCUGGGGUCAUUCUGGAGGUGAUCCAGGAGGAGUUUGCUAAUGACUUCCCCCCUGAGACGCAGAGAGCCUGGGCCAAGCUGCGUGGCCUCAUCUACAGCCACGUGACCGCUGCCUACAAGGAAGUGGGCUGGGUACAGCAGGUCCCCAACGCCGCCAUCCCACCGGCUACAGUGCCCUCUUCGGGGCCUUAGGACCCCCUCCCACCUGCCCCCUUCCCUGGCAGCACCUUGAGCAGAAGGCUGAGUU